GGAGCACGGUGGCUCGAACGCAAAGAGAAAAUACUGCGCCAUGACAAGUAUGUCAUCUGGCGACUUGCUGGUGAUGUCGAGUCUGAGCCCCACCAUUCACGUCCUCCAGAUAUGACCUUCCGCCGCCUUCAGACUAUGCCCAAACACCCUACUGCAAAAGCUGUCACUAUAGACAGAUUAGUUGAUGACUACGGCGCUACCUUUUUCCGCGAGGCACUUGCUCGCUAUAUCACACAGCUCAGGCAUGCCGAGGAUCCUAACCCCCUCCAUGAGCGAGCACUGGAAAUAUUGGCCCGCGACAUCCAUUUCCCGUUUCGAACGCUUCCUGUUUUCCACAAGAUCAAGUGGGUCUCCGUCGAUGCUCGUGGUCAUGGCGACGCAACCGUCACGUUAGAUUCAGUUCACGCAAGACCACAACGGAGAUCGGGUUCUGGUCUGCUGCCCCGUCGUUCAGACACAGUGCUGGUGAACCUUGGUGCGAAUACAGAAGCCGUUAGCGCAGGUAUAGAAGCACUCCGCGUUGGUCAAGUGCGAGUCGUUUUCUCACUACCUUCAAAAUCUCUCCCGCUCCUCUUUCCACCAACAGUCCAGGUUCCUAGCCACCUGGCUUAUAUCGAGUGGUUCUCGCCGUUUGCAUUGGCUCCCGAUCGACACCACGGCCUUUACAAGGUCUCGCGUUCCUUUCUUGGUGGCGCAAAAGUCGCAAGCAUUGUGCCAUUGUCGAAGAUCGUGCGGAGUGCCCAUCUUCUACCGAAUUUCGGUGCCGUCGUCCCGCGAGAGUGGUCCAGUGAUACAGUUCUAGAUGACUGUGACACUUUUUGGUUGAACUCGUAUCUAGAUAGAUUCACUUACUGUAUUUUCAAAUAAGUCUUGAUAAUUCCAUUGUACAUUAUCGUCUUCUAGCCAUUUUAUUCAAUUUUUGCCCAGGAGGCUUUUCCUGAUG